AUGUUCUUCCUCAAGAACCUCACGCACAAGACGGAGCUGCACCCUUCCUACUUCGGCCCGUCCAUGGUGGAGUUCCUGAACCAGAAGCUUCGCGACGAUGUUGAGGGCACAUGCACGGGCAAGCAUGGCUACAUCAUCAAAGUGAUCGGUAUGGUGGACGUCGGUCAAGGGCGUGUCAUCCCCGGUUCCGGUCUGGCCGAAUUCAACUCGACCUACCAAGCCGUCGUCCUGAAACCUUUCAAGGGCGAAGUGAUGGAUGCCAAGAUCACCAACGUCAACAAGAUGGGCUUCUUCGCCGAGGUCGGUCCCCUGAACAUUUUCGUCAGCAGCCACUUGAUACCCAUCGAGUACAGGUUUCAACCGGAAAGCAACCCUCCGGAGUUCGUCAGCGCUAGCGAUAGGUUGGUGAAAGGCAGGAAGGUCAGGAUCAAGAUCGUCGGCACCAGGGUCGACGCAAAUGAGAUUUUUGCAAUCGGCACGAUGAAGGAGGACUACCUCGGGCCGUUCGACUAG